AUGGAAGGCGGAGAACCCAAGAGAAGCAUAUUGCUUCCCAGUAAGGCAGAAACAGCCGGCCGUGACAACAUUAGAAUUCUAGAGAGCGAAGUGCCCAGCAGAAGUGAGAGAGGGCGUUCCCGAGAGAAAAAGGGAUCAUCCGCGAACACAGCCGUGCAACACAGGUCGAGGACAAGCAGUAGACUCCGGGGAGAUGUCGGAUCGUACCUGAAGUGGACUGUGUUGCAGCACGACCCAUCCGAGAGGCUUCUACUAGGUACUAAGGAGGGCGCAGAGGCGAGCGAUGACGACGAGGACGUCAGCGACGAGGAGCAGGUAAGCGAUGUCGAGAACGAGAUUGACAUCGACGCUGCGCUGGGCUACGAUCUCGGCGCCCGGGUGCUUCCCAACUUCACUUCGAGCUUGUGGGACGUGGUGCAGAACCAAAAGCCGUGGGUAGCAAAGUUCAACAAGAGCGUUGAGGGCAAGGACUCCGGUGUCAAACUGGAGGAUCUGCAGGGAGGCUACGCGCGUGCAAUCAAGAUAGUGCACGGGAAACCGCAGCAAGGCGCCGAAGCGAGAGAGGGCCGUUCAUACAUCAUAUACCUAGACUUGACGCCCGAGUCGUUCUACGCUUUGCUCUACGUGUUUGGCGCGGUCCUGGCAUCCAACGACACACUGUACGUGGUGCACAUCUCGCAGCGGGUACCCAACGAACAGCUGCGGGCCAACGUGGAACGCCUGGAGGCCGAGGCGGCGUACCUGCUGGACGCGUCGUCCGCGGCGUUGAACGCUGUGAACGUCGUGCUGCUGUCAGUGUCGCACCCCUACCCCAAGCACCUGCUCAACGAGCUGGUCAUAGCGCUGAAGCCCAUGGCGCUUUGCGUGCCGCUGUCGCUGGUGCUGUCGUCGCUGCAAAACUACGUGUGUCCCAUCCCCACGGUGGUGAUCCGGCGCAAGCUGAAGAGAUCGAAGAAGAAGGGAUUUGAGGAGUGA